AUGGAUAAAAUUCUCUUCAACUUCAGGAUGAAUAUUUAUGCGUGUUAUAAUUAAAAAAUGGUGGUUUGUCAUGUCUUCAUGAAUACGAUAUUAAUCGUCACCAUCAAGAGGAUGGAUGAUAUAGUCUAUAUUGACAGGAAAUGUGAUAUUAUCAGAAGUAUACAUGUUAGAGCUUAAAUUGUGCUAAAUUUUGGUGUUGCUAUUUAAAUUAUACAUUUAGAACUCUUUUUAAGAGAUUUUCAUUCUGUGAUUAAAAAGCUCUAAAUUUCCCUAUCUAAGAAUGUAUUCAGUUACAUUCCCUCCAAAUGUUUCCCCAAAAAAGAGCUAGGCACAAGAUUUAGUUACACCAUCGAACAUGCGCUCAGGUAACAAUGUUUGAGGAUUAGUUAAGAUAAUUUAGAAAAGACAAAUACUGCUUACAUAAUUUUCAAUCAGAAUUUACUUUGCCUUGUGAUAGAAUUUAUCAUUCCUUUCAUCAAAAUUGAUUCUGUAUUAUUCGUAUAACUUGCGAUUAAAUAUUUAUAUCCUCCUCAUGUUUGCUCCAUGCUGCAUUAUUUUUUCGCUCAUAUCAUAUGCAUCGGGAUCUUCAAGGCUCCUUAAGAAGCGACUCAAAUAGUCAUAGCACUGGAGUUAUGGUUAAUUAUUAGCUAAUUGCAUCUCAAUAGUCUCAUGAAUUUUAUCAUAUUCUAUCCUAAUAGCAGGUUUUUCGUCAGCAUCAUAAUUAGCUAUAAACCCCGUUUUAUCUUAAAACCAAUCAAGAUGAAUUACAAUAUCUCCUGGAAUUAAAUAGCGCUGACUCUCAGAUAAAUAUUAGAAAUGACAAUGUCCAUCAUCUUUUUAUCCUCCACACCAAGUUCGUUUGGGUUUAAAUCCAAUUUUUUUACGCUUUUAGAUAGAUUUUGA